GAAUUUUGUUUAGAAAAGAAGUACACUCCAACAUAGUUUUAAAUCAUGAUGCCAUGAUUGUAAAAGCCAGUAUCAACCCUCCAGAGCUGAAGGUUUGUGCUCUUCUCCAUAAACUUCCCAGAGAGGUUCGCGACAAAAUCUGGCGACUCAUUCUUUUGAGACCGGUUGCGAUCGUCCCACGGGUUCGCAUAAAGCAAUAUCUAUUCACAGCAGGGGGCCAAGCUGGAGGCCACAAGCAUUGUAGGUUUCAACGAAAAUAUAGUUACAUCUGGGCCCAAGCUCCAAUUCCUGAUCCGUUUCGCGGCAACACCAUUCGCCGAGAAAUCGCGUGGACUACAAACCCUACCCGCGAGGAAUUCGAACUUAUCCAAAGUGGGGUUAGCAAAUUCAUGAUCGAUGAUUCUCCGGAGCCCGGUCAGCAGACUGAGUGUGCUGUGUAUCAUCGAGAUGGAUUUGGGCCCCAAAUCAUAAAUAAGGCCGAAAUUCAAAUACAUCCUUUUGGUCGUUGCGUCGCUAUCACGCGAGUAUGCAAACAAAUGGAGCAAGAGAUGUACCGGCUGAAAACCCCAUGGGAUGUACCUGGUUUUCCGCUGUUUGAAGAAUCACCUAGUAAGGCUACCAUUAGUACUGCUGUAGAGAAGCUUUUUGAUCUAGAAUGUUAUCAGCCAGCGUUCGUUGCAAAAGAUCCAUUCAUUCGGUUUAUGGCUUACAUUGGACGAAAGAAUGCUUCACUCUUGAGAGACAUUAAGUUUGUUGGAGAAUUUAUAGAUAUCCUUCCGACACACAAAAGAAACUUGCACCUAGGGUUUGGAGCAAUCUUGCCUACAUAUACGCUCAUCAUAGCAGAGGUUUGUCCCAGGCUACGCAAACUCACCUUGCAUCAAUACCUUUACGCUUCUAGUCACUACAGAGAUCUCGAAAAAGAUGUAGAGACGGGUUAUGACUUCGGUAUGAUGGAUAUUAUUAUAGGUAAAUUAGUUUUCGAUCUGCCAAAUCUCCGGCAACUUCAAUUGGGCGAUUACUCCAAACCUCAAAAUGCUCAUAGUCCCCAUAAUCAUUCCUUUGAGUAUGACAGUCACAAGUACGAGUGGGUAAAGUCCAUUCGAUGGAUGAAGUUUGUCGACGAGAGAUGGAUCAGCCAGCUUUGUACACCAUGUACUAUACCAACGGAUUUGCCGAAUAAUGAUGUCAGGCAAACUCAUGUCGCAGUCCGUAGUGGUGCCUAUAGUCGCUACAAAGAUUCGCUAGAACAUGAACGUUCAGGUAGUUACGGUACCAGCACUUGCACCUGGACUGUCACACGUUGCCCAACCCAACAUAACCCGGACUCUGUUGAAAGAUCGCCAAGGGUUGGUCAUCAUCAAAAGGACCGAUAUGGAUUUUUGCCACAAAUGUCUGAUGAUGUUUGGAAAUGCUCGGAUGCACAUGGUGGUAUCAGACGUCGUAAAGGGCAAAUUUUGAACAUUUCAGCGAAGGUGGACCAGGACAGCGCACCCCGUACCUGGGUUCCUGGUCAACGUGUGAAGAAAUGGUGGCACUAACGCUGAGAGAAUUUUUGGUACUUCCAGCAAUAUGCAUCUGGUUUUGACUACUUCACGUAGGCCCGCAUAUGUCUGUUGGAUUAUGGGAUUAUCAAUCUAUUUAAACACCAGUGGGUUGGCACCAGGCACAUGGUUCAAUCAAUGAUCCGAAGCA